CUAUUUUGCAAAGAAGUCAGGAAGAAGAGUCGGGAGGUUAGCGCCUAAAGCUGCUUCUGUAUUUGAAAACAAAACAAAUGAGGAAGGGAAUAGGACGCGUUUUAUGUAACAAGGGGUUUAUGAGUGUUUUUGUUUUUUUUGACCUAAAAGUACCGAACCUGAGCACUGGCCGAGCAAAUACCAGUGAAUCUGUGAAAGCGAAAGUAGUCUGACAGCCACGUGAGACAUCAACAGAAUGGCUGCUAACGCAUCGCCGUCAGAAAUGGAUUAUACCUGCCCUGUGUGCUGCGAUAUAUUUAAGGAUCCUGUUGUCUUGUUGUGCGGUCACAGCUUCUGUAAGCACUGUCUUCAGGAGUGGUGGAGACAGAGUGGACAACAGACGUGCCCGGUCUGUAAGCAAAUGUUUCCAAUGGCUCAGCCUACACGUAAUCUGGCACUGAGAGACGUUUCUGAGGCCUUGAGGCGGGAGAAGAUUCAGAGUGCUAACUCAAGAUCUACGGAGAUCUGCAGACUGCAUGGUGAGAAACUCAAGCUCUUCUGUCAGGACGAUCGACAGCUCAUCUGUGUGAUUUGUAGGGAUGCACAAAAACACAAGAAACACAACAUCGUCCCCAUCGACGAAGCAGUCAAACCCUGUAAGGCCCCACUCAAGCUUAAGAUGAUGCAUUUAAAAACCAAACUGGGGAAAUUUAAAGCACAAAAAUCCAAGUGUGACAAAAUUGCCGGCCACAUCAAGCUGCAGGCUCAGCAGACUGAGAAGACAAUCAAAGAGGAGUUUCAGAAGCUCUACCAGUUCCUGCAGGCAGAGGAGGCUGCUAGGAUGGAUGCAGUGAGGAAGGAGGCAAAGUUCAAGAGUGUAGCAAUGGCCAUCAGGAUUGUGAAUUUGACUGCAGAGAUCUCCUCCCUCACAGACAAAAUCAAAGCCAUAGAGACUGAGAUGAAAGCUGAGGACAUUUCAUUUAUGAUGAAUGUCAAAUCCACCAUGGAGCGAUCCCAAUGCAACCUACCAGACCCAGAGACUCCAUCAGGAGCCCUGAUCGAUGAGGCCAAACAUGUGGGGAACCUGCUGUUCACAGUCUGGAAGAAGAUGAAGGACAUAAUCCAAUACAGUCCUGUGACUCUGGACCCCAACACUAGCGGCUCACUAUUGAUCAUAUCAGAACACAUGACCCGUUCAACAGAAAGCAGCAAGGACCAGCCGCUUCCUGAAAACCCAGAAAGACACUGCAGAGAUGUCAUUCUUGGCUCUGAAGGCUUUAGCUCUGGAAAACACAGCUGGGAGGUGGAGGUGGGAGGUUAUUGGACAGUUGGUGUUGCUGCUAGAAGCAAGGAUCUACUCUCUGAAAAGGUCUGGGGCAUCUUCUCGUGUUGUUGUACUCCAUUCCUUUGUGGACGUCAUUAUCAGAAAGCUGAUGGUAUUGUAUCCGAAGAUCCACUUCCCCAAAAGGUCAGCGUGCAGCUCGAUUAUGACAAAGGAAUAAUAUCAUUUUUUGAUCUCGACAGGAAAACACUCGCACACACCAUCAAAUACACUUUCAAAGAAACUGUAUUUCCGUAUUUCGGUGCGAAUGCAAAACUCCUUCCAGCUGAAUUUUCAGUGAGGAUAAGAAAACCCAGACCAACGUUCAGCAUUACAUGACUAACAACAAGAUGAGGCCUUAUUUUGGGACCUUAAGCGUUAACAAUAUGACUCUGAUUUCAGUAUACUAAUAAACUUUGUCUAUCUCUGUAUCUUCUUCACAUGUUAUGUGGUCAACCAAAGAAACGUGAACAGUAAUUGUUAUCAAUCAUCACAGAUGGUUUUCCUGGUUCCAAUUUGGUUUAGUCCGCCUUAAAGCGGCACUGCAGUGAUUUUAUCAGGCGGCAACCGCACAUUUUGUAAAAUAAAGCCAAUGCAGAAGUGUUUUAAUCUGGCAUUAACCCAUACUAGGGACAAAAGGCGAAUGCAACAGACUAUUAGAGUUGAAUCAUGUAAAUAUGUUAUCAGAUUAAGACAAUGUUCCUGUUUUCAAUAUAAUAAUAAUAAUAAUACAUUUUAUUUAUAUAGCGCUUUUCAGAGUACUCAAA